AUGGUAGCCAAUAAUCGGAGGAGCAUUCCAGAUGUCUGUGGAGUCAAACUGAUCCAUGGUCUCCUGACUAAUGGCCCGGAUUAUGUAACGGAUCAUCUACCUCGAGUUUGCCGGUACACUUCCUACAUAGGAGAAAAGCACACGACAGUAGAAAAAACUGGAGAUCUCAACUAUUUAUGGAGACCUUCCCCCGACAUAAACUUGCCAGCCAAAUACAAGCACGAGCAUGUUGGCGAAAUUGGUUGGGGAAUACCAAUGCAUGAUUUUAUCAACAGAACAAGGCUGCAGACUGGCUUUCAUAUCAAGUAUAAGGAACCAAGUCAAGGUGUAAUUGAGAAGAUAGGCCAUCGAUAUCAAAAUCCUUGGCAACCCAAACCUGCUAUUAUGGAUAAGCGUGGAAAAUUCAGUCGUGGUUCUCUUGCCUGGCAUAUGGGUGAAUUUGAGAACGACAAUGAACGAGAUUCCAAAUAUGCAGUCCUCAUUAAGCAGGAUAGAGAGACCUUGCCACGGCUUUCCAGACCACCUAAGCUUCCAAAAAAAAACAAAAAAGAAAGAAAACGCAAGAAGCUACAAACACUCAACAAGUAA